CACUGGCAACACUUUUUCUAACCUAAAAUUACAAAAAUAGGCUUUACGAAAAUAUUGAAAAACAAAUAUUUAUUUUUACACAAGUAUAUAGCUAAUGAUUUGUAUUGGCUGUAACUCUCUGAAAAACAUGUUGGUUAAAAUUUCUUCAAAUAUUUUGGCAAAUGCAGAAACAGCCGAAAAACGUUUAGCAGAACUAAGGAUAAAGGUGGAAGAGAUAAAAAAGUUCAAAGUGGAAGAGAAAAUAAAGGAGUUGUUAAAAGAGAACUCAGUUUUAUCGGAGAAAAUUGUUCAAGCUAAGAAUGAGCUAAUCAAACUUGAAAUUUCACAUGGAAAAAAGCAGUAUACUGUGCCAAGUAAAGAAAUAACUGAAAGCAACACAGUUCCAGUUAGCGUUGAAAAGUCCCAAGAUAACGACAAUGAAGUUGAGAAGACACAAGCUGCAGUCGUGAAAAAAGAAAAGAAUUCAGUGAAGAAGAUCAAGGAGAAAGUGAAUCCUGCACCAAGUACGGAUAGUAUAAUAGAUGUUAGGAAAUUAGAUUUUAGGAUUGGCAAGAUUGUGGAAAUAAACAAACACCCGGAUGCAGAUUCAUUGUAUGUUGAAAAGAUAGAUUGUGGUGAGGGAAGACCUCGCACUGUUGUAUCGGGGCUAGUCAAUCAUGUCCCUAUUGAUGAAAUGAGAGAUAAACUAGUAAUGGUCUUAUGUAAUUUGAAACCAGUCAAGAUGAGAGGAGUUACUUCUGAAGCAAUGGUGAUGUGUGCAUCAUCGCCUGAGAAAGUUGAAGUCCUAAAUCCACCAUCUGAUGCUGUUCCUGGAGAUUUAGUGGAAUGUGAAGGGUAUCCUAGAGAACCGGAAGCACAACUUAACCCCAAGAAGAAAAUAUUUGAGACAUGUGCUCCUGACUUGAAGACCAAUGAUGAUAAAGUUGCAUGUUACAAGGAUAAACCUUUGAUUGUUGUAGGAAAAGGUUCAGUUGUAGCACCUACAUUAAAACAAGUUAAUGUUAAGUAAUGUUGAAUUAAUUUAUAUUUUCUCAUAAUUAUUUUAUCAGUUUUCAAAUAUAUAAUUCAAAUAUUAA